AUGAAAUUUUUAUUUAUUCUUUUAUUUUUACUUUCAAUUUAUUUUGUUAUUGCUCAUGAUCAUCAUCAUUCACAUUCCCACCACCACGAUCAUGACAACGAACCCCCACAUUUGAAAUAUACAAGAGAAUUGAAUGAAGAGUCUAUUCGCGAAUCUUUGGAAGAAGAACAUCAUCAUGGACAUUCACAUGAUGGACAUGAAGGAUGUCCACAUGCCAAACAAAAUCAACAUAAACGAAUGGCUAGUACUUUGCCUAAAAUUCCAAAAAUGACUAAAAAAGAAGAAGAACGUCCUUACCACGAGAACAGCUGGUUUGCUUUUCUAAACAAUCCACAAAUUCGUUUAUGGACAUAUUCAAUUGGUUCAACUUUACUUAUAAGUGCCUUUCCAUGUUUUAUUCUUGCAUUUAUUCCAAUUAAUUCAAAUGCAAAUGAAGAAUCGCCACUUUUACGUACAUUAUUAGCUUUUGGUGCUGGAGGUUUACUUGGGGAUGCUUUUCUUCAUUUAAUUCCGCAUGCGAUGCCUUCAGGUGGACAUAGUCAUUCACACUCUCAUUCACACAAAGGAGGGCAUGACGAGGAACAUGAGCCACAUGAUUUGUCUGUUGGAACUUGGGUACUUGUUGGUUUUAUGACAUUUUUUAUUGUUGAAAAAAUUGUCAGACUUUUGCGUGGAGAGGAGUCUUCGUCACAUGGGCACUCACAUGGAAUGAAAUUAUCGGAAAAAGCAAAGAAUUCUGAUGAUGAAGAAGAACAUGAAGAGGAUAAAAAGAAAAUCAAAUCUUCAAAACCACCAAAUAUUCGUGUAGCAGCCUAUUUAAAUUUAGUUGCCGAUUUUAUGCAUAAUUUUACUGAUGGUUUGGCAAUUGGUGCUUCUUUUAUUGCAGGGACUACUAUUGGAAUUGUAACAAUGGUAACUGUUUUGGUCCAUGAAAUUCCACACGAAAUUGGUGAUUUUGCAAUUUUAGUUCAAGCAGGAUUUUCAAAGAAAAAGGCAAUGUUAAUACAAUUAUACACUGCUUUUGGUGCAAUAGCUGGUUGUGCUAUUGCAAUUUGGGAUGUGGAUGCUGCUAAUAUUGCAGAAGCUGUUGAACAAAGUUGGGCAUUACCUUUUACGGCUGGCGGUUUUAUUUAUAUUGGAACGGUAAAAUUUUAUUUGUCGGACCCCCUUUUUAUUAAAAAAAUUAAUUUAAAAAAGGUUUCAAUGAUCCCAGAACUUUUGGAAAAUUCUACAAUGUGGCAAAGCAUAAAAGAGCUUGUGGCAUUCCUUCUUGGACUUUUCAUGAUGUAUUUAAUUGCGUUUUUUGAAUAGAAAGUUUACGUUUAAAAAAUCUGAGAUAUGCAUAAAUUACCAAAAACGAUGUAAAUAUAUUUUUAUUAGUUUUGUGUAUUUUGAGGAGUGCGCCGAAAUACCAAACCCCAAAGGCUGCCAAGAUAC